CUGCGAGAAUUUCCCGAAAACAAUCCCUCUAGGACAUAUCAGAGGUAAUGCACGGCCCAUUGACAAACUAAGAAAGCAAUCUUUGGGUGUUUGAAUGGGAAAAGAAAUAAUUCUUUGGUGACAAUGGACAAAAAGAAAGAAUUCAAGACACUAUGUCCGCCUACAAGUGUUCAGGGUCACAUUCAACAGAUUUUGAAGCAGAAUAACAGCCUCUCUGGUCAACUCUCAGAAGAGUUAGAAACUAUCGUUGCAACCUUAGUAGCACUUCCCUUCAAAGAUGAACUACAGCGAGGAAUCUUCCUUGAACAAGUACAGAAAUUGCAAGGCUACCACAUCAUUCAGAUUUUCAACUUAGCUGUUGCUCCAUGUCGAAACUCUGUGGUGGAAUCUUCCAUACAUUUUGGGCAAAAUUUCAAGAAACUUGUUGAUAUUUGUAUCCUUUUUUGUUACACCUAUGAUGUGUCGAAGCGAGUUGCCUUUUACUAUUACACGAGCGCUUUACAAUUCUGUUUUCCUUCUGACACCAACCUGAAAUGCCUGUCCUUGGGAGUUCUUUCUAACUUACUGAAACUUGUACAAAUUUUUCAAGAUGGGAAGUUAAAGGCUUCGGCUGACUCUUAUUAUGAUGAUAACUUUAUAUUACUUGGCAAACACAAUUAUACCAAAGAUUUCUUCAGCAGACUGCUCCAGGUUCUUGACAGUAGACGCAAUGAAGACUAUCUAGUCGAGGUCAUCGAUAUAACAGUAAGGUUAGCCUCGGUAGACGACAAAGAUGUGAUCAAAUCAAACGAUUAUGUCGGUGCACUGCGAGAAGGACAGACGGUUUCAUCAUUCUUGGUAACCAACUGGAUGAAACUUCUGGAAUCAGCGAAUGUCAGCAAUGCUUUUGCAUGUGCUUUAGCGGCGGUUGAUCUUUCCGGAGAGAAAAUCGAGCUUCUCGGUGUAGGUUUCCAAUAUUCAGCAUCCACUUUACCUUGUCAAAGUACCAUUUUCUAUUUUUUGGGGGUUUUAGAAGAAAUGAAAAGGAAGGCCGAUAACCUUAGGAUGCCCAACGACAAGACAAGGAUGGACAUACUUUUAAACCAUGUAGAUCACUUCUGCAUCCACCCUAACGUAGCUGCCUUAUCCCUUCAGUUGCUAGCAGCGAUUACUAUUUCCAAUGAUGUCUUGAGAGAAGUUCUCGAUGGAUUCUUUCACAAAGAAAGAACUGAGUCACGAUUCUUGGAAGCAGCGCUCGCGCUCCUCUUAAAAGGUCUGUUGCUAUGUCCAAACGGUGAGCUACUCAACAAAGUCAUGAAUUUUUGGAUAAAAGCUUUUUCUGAUGACCAAGGCUACGGAAAUCUUGCUUGCUUGUUGGCCCUUUUGGAUGAAGGAUCAAGCAGCAAUACGGAAACAGCUGAAAGUGUACUGAUUUUCCUAGAACAACUUCCUAGCACUUUUUUGCCUUCGAUGAUGGUCUGGAGAAAUGUGCUUUGGUGGCUAACUAAGAUCUUUCCAACCUCCUUUCACUUGCGUCAAGAGGUAUUGGUCUUGAUUGAGAAGACUUCAGCUGCAGCUGCAGGACUACCAGUUGAACGGCACUGGCUUGAACGCCCUCCCUAUGGACUGGUACCAACUUUACAAUUUUUACGAAGGGUGUACCAUCAGAAUUGCACAGAAGAAGCUAAGAGCGAGAUGAUUCGGCUGCUCACCUAUUGCACUCUCAAUGAAACAACUAGCAAUUCAUGGGCUCCUUCAUCAGAUCUGGAUCUUGUUGAAUUCUUAAGCGUUUGUGAGCAGCUGCCGUUCAACAUCAAAAAGCAUCUUCUUUGUGAUUCGAACCCAUCCCUUAGGAGGCAAUUGAAAACACUUUGGAAUGAAUUUUCUACUAAAACAAGAUCAAGUCAAAAUCAUAUGUGUAAAGGAGAAAUCUUGAAUGAAGUUCUCUCAAUUGUCAUGACUUUUUCUGCCGAAGAGGGACCUGCGACCAUUCCUGAAGAUGUAUUGGAGGCGUUAUUAUCCCUAUCUAGACUGCCGCUCUCAGGUGAAAGAAAACUUAGAAUCAUCAAGUGCCUUUCGAAUAAAUCUGAAACUAAUUAUAAGAUUGUUCUCUACAUUCUGCGACUAAUGCAAACACAAGCGUGCGUCCUGCAAGAGGAAACAAACGAAUACUUUGAUCUUUUUUGGCAUGCAGUUCUUGAUGCUCUAAAAGGCGACCAUCUGUCAUGUGAAAAGCUACUUUCCAGUCAGCAUUCCACUACUCAGUUUCCUUCCACUAAUGUGUUAAAAGUGUGGACCUUAACUGCCUGCGGACUGAUAUCGCUGGGAUUAUUUAAGGAAGACAUCGAUGUGAAAGUUUGCCGCUCUGUUCUUAGUAUGGCAUGGGGCUUUAGUUCCCCAUAUGAGAUUUUGCAACUUUUCUCUCUUAUGAGAUCAACAGCUCUCAGACUAGCUUGUCUAUCCAGAAGUCAAACGGAAGCUUUUUCGUCCCUUACCGCUCAAGAGUCUUUUAAAGGAUGCUCUACUAAGAAUUUCGAUCUUUUGGAGAUGUUAGCUCGAGCUGCUGGAGCUAUUCUGCAUUUUAAUAUGUUCUCAACUAUGAAUAAGUUGGUAUUGAUCCAGAAAAUGUGCAAUAUUACUCUUAGUAGUCCACCAACUAUGGCAACAUUGACAAGUGCCAUGCACCAUUUGCUUCCCUUUUUUCAAGUGUCUUUGGCGAAAGGCAGUGUUUCAAGCUAUGAGGAAAUCCACUUGCUUAAUCAGGUCAUCGAUAUCUUACAUGAUUCCGCACUGCUGAACAAGCUCGCAAGAAUGCCAACAGCCGUAAGAAGAGACCUUUCGUCUGCUUUUUCUGGAAAGUUUUCCUCAGUGUCUUCCAUAACUGACGGGCUAAAAAUUCUUCUCCUCAUUUCCUCGAUGCAAGACUUGGCUCAAGCAUUUUUCGACCAUUUAGGACCCUUUAUCAAGGUGGCCAUUGAAAAGAUGUCAUCACUGAAGGGCGUUCUAGAUGUUUUCGAAGAGCUGGUGCAUGUUAUUCGUAAUGUUCGACCAGAGCUGAUUCCUUUCACGAUGCUCAACGUUUCGUUUCUGCUGGGAAAUCCUGUCGAUCAACAAGAAAAACAAAAAUUUUUGUCUGAAGUUUCCGCAAGGUGGAAAAUUCCUCCUAGCUACCAGAUAUUGUCGUAUUUUGAAGUCCCAAGACUACUUUGGAAAAUUUACAAUUUUUCAAAUGAUUCAUCGAGGGCAGGGGAGUUGAUGAAGCGUCUGAGAGAAAUCCUGAGGAAAAUCAGCGCCGAUCGAUUUCACUCUGAGUGGCAUUUUGGAUGUCACCAUAUUAUACCUAUGACAAGAAGAAUUGCAUGUUGUGAACUUGAGUGGCUUGUCUUUUAUUCCGCCAUUUCAGAAGAAGAUGCAGGUCUUGCACUAGAUCUGAGUAAUCGUUUCUUCCAAGUUAGCUCUGGUCGACAGGCGAGAUGUUUGAAUUUUUCUGACGUACGAAUUGAAGAUGGGCUCUUCAAGUUUAAACCUUAUGAAGAUGAAAAGCCUUCUGGGGUACGUAGCAAGGGUCUCUGUGCAACACCCGUGGUCAAAGUGGAAUCAAUCCCCACCGACAAGAAGGUGGGAGAGGCCAUUUUAACCCCAGUCUUAAUGGCUGUGCAAGUCAUUUAUCACUUCAAACGCCUAGUCGUACACAAGAAUCAACUUCAUGAGAAUUCCUGGGCGUUUUGGAAACUCAUCUUUGAAUCAGAGAAACAAUUUCGGUGUGCAAAAGGAUGCAAACUCUCCGUAGACGAUUUUAUGCAUUCUUUUUUAUCGAUUCUAGCCGAGGCGCCGUCCUUAGAAAUUGUUUUUCACUGGGCAAAACAGCAUGACCAAUUCUGCCCACAUUGCUGCUCAAAGGUUAUUGUAGAGGCUUGUAAGGUGCAUCGGAACGACCUCGACAAAGAGACUGCCUUCAAUUUUCACACGUUAUUUAGUGAAACGUUGUCUAAGAUGCAAAUGCCUCGCUUUCUUUACUUCAGACGUCUCAAGCCUAGCUUUGAGCAGCUACAUAGGUUUCUGGAGAAGCAGUUGCACAUUAAAGUAAUAUCAAGUGUUCUAGAGCUAUACAAAAUCAACAUCCAGGCUGGUGACACUGUUGGCGAGAUUGUCUCUGUGUGGUCUUCUAUUGAACAGUCACUGGAGCUGGUGAGGGAAAUUCGUCUUUUGUGCGAAAAAGGCGUGAUGUCUUCCUUGAACCGUUUGCAAAGUGAAUUUAUAUUACAGUUACUUGAAUCAUUCGCUCACCGUUGCAAGAAUUCGAGUGGAGAUCUUUUAACUAGGCUAAAGAAACUUCAUGAGUUAUACGACCAGCUGAGAGAUGAUCCGUAUGGCCUUACCAGUUUGCCUAAGUGGAGGCAGGCGACGAUAACAGACGGAUUUUCUGCUCGGGCAAUUGACUCUUGGUGUCAAGCAUUUCUUCUGACGCCACUGAAGGAUCUGAAAUCACACGACAUUGAAGCCAUUUUUUCUCUAAGCUCUCGCUCUGUGCAGCUUGCUAAUGUAGACUCCACGUCGCUGCAAAUUAACACACCUCUGCCUGAGAUGAUCAAGAGAGUCAUCUUUCCUGACGAUGGUUUUCAAGUGAGUGAUGGAGAAGGCAUCAAGACGGGUGAAACUAGCGAACGCAUACGAUUAGCUAGAUUGCUAAGCGAAUUCGUCAAUAUCUUGAGACCUCUACAACCUGAAAAAAAUCUCAAAGAUGCUAAUGUUAGACAAUUAGUUCUCGAUGCCUGCCAAAGGUUUUGCGUUAGCUAUGAAAAUAAAGAGGAAGGGAUCAAACAUCUGUACAAAAUUCAUAACCAGACACUGAAGUCUCUAUUGACAGAGAUCUUUGGUAAGGGAACAUCUCUAAGGAAAGGAACCGACGAACCAAGAAGAGAUGCAAUGUCCGUUGCGAGUCAAGCAUGCUUCCUGCAGGAGUAUUUUCCAGCUGCUCUGAGAUACAAGGAAGUGCAUGAAUCGUUGCUUAUUUUGCUGAGGCGUUGGCUUUCUGGGAUCGUUACCAAACCAACCCUCGUCUCUCAUACUCGAAACAUUUUGCAGCCUCUACUUUCACAUCAAUCCUCUGAUGACUCUAAUGAUGACCCUACUCUAGUGGAAAGAUUACUUGUCACCAUCCAAGGGCGCAUUUUAUCUAUCGAAAGAAAUCAAUCUCUCAUCGCGCAAUUUCAAGCAGUAGGAUAUAAUCAAAAGGAACCAGACAGUCCAGAUCUGUGGUCUUCACCCAAAAUUGAACUUCCUUGCUACCUAAGUGAGCGAAAGUCGCCGAAUGACACAAUAUCUGAUGUCCUUAGAUCACACUGGAAUGAAUGGAAGGAUCUCCUUUCCAUGUACCAUGUUGAAUGUGUUCAAGUCGGUGAUGUCAAAGUACAGAGACACGACCUCUUUGGAGCUCAGGCAACCUUGGAGGAGAUGGAGGAACAGGUUACUGCCGUAAAGGAGUGCGCCAGACAGCUAAGCUCGGAACUUUUUUCCCAUGAUUCCUUCCACUCAGCGGGAGAACUGGACAGACGUAUCGGGCAGCUGAUACGUGGAGAAAAACAGCAUCGAAUGGCCAAUGAAAAACUAUGCAAGAGCAAGAGGGAUUCUGAAAUGAAGAAAUUUGUCGCUGUUUGGGAGAACCAGUUUUUCGAACAGGUCACCCUGUGCUCGGAGAGAAUUCCAGGAUGUUAUGCUCCCAACGGUUUCCACGCCGAGAAACCUGUGAUAUGCGCUCUGUCCGUGGAUAACAGGAUCUUGACCGUAUUCAAAGAGGAGAAAGGGCGCAGAGAGGAAAUCGAAAAUGUUGAGGUGAAGCUCUUUGAACCUGGUUUGUACGUGUACGGGUUGCAUACCAGUGGUCAUGAGUACGUCACUGACGAACUAUGGGCCGCGUUUUAUAAGAUGCUAUUAGAAAAACGAUUGGUGCCCAGAAUUGUCUUGUCCAACGAAAGCCCAGGAUUUAAUUGGAUAAAGAAUUUUGCACAACCUGCCACAAGUCUUCCUUAUCCCAGGAAGUGGGACCUUCAUGAGGGGAUUGUUCCUGAAAAGGAAGACUAUUUCGAUUACUUGCCACUCUAUGCAGCGUUGGGGAACCGCGUGAGUGGAUUGACAGAAUUUGUCACUCUAACGACCGAGAACGUUAGCAGUUUUCAGUUCAAAGAUUUGAAGGUUUUUCAAAUUAACUUUGUUUGGUCAAUGCUAGAAGCGUGCGGCCGGGUUUACAGAGAUAGUUCCAAAGUUUUGCUCGACAAACUCGAAUGGCUAACCGAUUUACACGGCUUAGAUGUUUUAAAUUACGGCCUUGAUCGGCUUCCAAACUGGCGCAGGUUGAUGACGGCGGACGGACACCCUGCCCACGUGAUUGACAAAUGGUGUGUGUUUUUCCUCUUCACGCCCAAAGAGAAUUUUUCUCUGCGGGAUGUUGAUGCAGUUCUUGACCUCAAUCCCACGUCUCUGCAGCUCGUUCAAAAUUCCUCUGAGAAUAUCAAAAGAUGUUUAUUUUCAGGAAACAGCUUUCGAGAAACGCAUUUGCAGGGAGAGGAAUCACCAAACCCUUUGAUCAAGGAACACCUUCGACUGGCUAGAUUGCUUAGCGAAUUAAUUCACAUAUUGAAGCUCCGUAUGUCUGAAAAAACUGCCAUCGAUGCUGUUGUUGAGAAAAUUGUGGUCCAAGCUUGUAACAAGCUUUGCAUGAGUCAUAUGGGAAAAAUCAAGGAGGAAGAAGAUGAAGUCACCAAUACAAAAAACAGAACCAAACAGUUAGAAGACAAAAAACAACAGGAAGAUGACAAAACAAAUACGGCAGAGGACAAAUCCAAAAAGGGAGGAGACGUAACCAAAAGGGAAAAAGAGCAAACCAAUACGACAGUAAGCAACUCAAAAAGGAAAGAAGAAAAAGAGGUAGAAGCCAGAUCCGAGAACAUAGAAGAAAACGAGGGAGAAAAGACGGCAGAUAAAACAGAAGAUACAGACGACGAACCCAAAAUUGCAAAAGAUAAAAUCAAAAGUAGCAAUCCCUACAGAAUCCUCCGCCAGACACUUGAGGCCCUUUUCAAUGAGUUGUUUGCCAAACAACCCACAAUCGCCGAUAAUCAAUCCAGUUUUUCAAACUGUGGUGAGGCACGUCAGGGACAAGAGAGCGAGUUAAGUUCGACCGGUCCCGUCUUGAAAAGUUCGACUUUGCCGCCGCAUAAUCUCCCAAAUGAAGUUUAUGAGUCAAUGCUGGUAUUAAUGCGACGCUGGUUGUCGGGUAUCGCCAACAAACCAACCCUCGCUUCAAACACUAUGAAGAUUGUUAAAUCACUUUUCUCAUUCUCGUAUGAGAAAGAUCAUUCCCAGAUAGAGAAGUUACAAGACGAGAUUCGACUUCAAAUUCUAUCAUUUCCAAGAAAUCAGCUUCUUCUUUCUCAAUUUCAAGCAGCAGGCUACAACCAAGGAGACUUGGUGGACUCUAAGGACCUUUGGGCUUCGCCCUCUCUCGAACUCUCUUGUUCCCUCAGUAAGAGUGAUUUCCCAAGUGAGAAACGAUAUAAAACGAAACUAACGAAUGUCCUCAGGCUUCAUUGGAUCCAAUGGAAGGACCUGCUUUUCAUGCUGAAGAUUCACUCUAUAAAGAUCGAUGACUGUGACUUUCCCACGAGAGAUCUUUUUGGAAUUCAAGCUUCGCUGGAUGAAAUGGAGAAGCAGGUUGCGGCAGCUGUAAAAGAAAUUGGUGGGCGGAUUGAGUCUGAGGACGUUAGCAGACGCGUGACGCGACUAAUUCGUGAAGAGCAGCGACACCGUGCCAGAGUGACUAAAUUCCAUAAGAGAAAAGAGACUGACAAGCCUUGUAAAAAUAAGACGGAAAAAGGGAAGACAAAACUGGUGGCUGUGUGGGAAAACCGAUUUUUAGAAAACAUCAAACUUUGCUCAGAGUUAAUUCCAGGUUGUUACGCCCCCAACGGUUUCCACUCUGAGAAACCUGUGAUUUGCGCUUUGUCCGUGGACAACAAGAUCUUGACUGUGUUCAAAGAGGAGAAAGGCCGCAGAGAGGAAAUCGAGAAUGUCGAAGUUAAGCUCUUUGAAGCUGGUUUGUACGUGUACGGGUUGCAUACCAGUGGUCAUGACUACGUCACUGACGAGCUGUGGGCCGCAUUUUAUAAAAUGCUAUUGGAAAAAAGAUUGGUGCCCACAAUUGUCUUGUCCAAUGAAAGCCCGGGAUUUCAUUGGAUCAAGAAAUUUGUACAGCCUGUAAAAGUACAUCCCUGCUUCUGGAAGUGGCACCUACAUUGCGGCAUCGUUCCUCCAGAAGAAGACUAUUUAGACUACCGCCCAAUUGAAGCAGCCCUAUGUCCUUGGUUACACGGACUGAGCGAAUACCUUACCUUAACAAGGAUAAACGUCGCUAGGUUUCGUUUCAGAGAUUUCAUGGAUGCUCAAAUCGUUGAGAGGAAAGAGCAGCAGGCGAAAGAAGUGGCAAGAAAAUUCAAGGCCAUUCCUCAACUGGAACGGGAAUUGCACUCGCUACACAACGACGCCUCAGUAAUAGGGAAACUGGCAUUGAAACUGGAAUUCGCUGUCAAGAAAACACUCACCCAAAUUGUAAAGGGAGAAUGGCCCACCACAGAAACUGUCAAGAAGCAUAUUGAUAUGAGAAGGCUGGCGUUUAUCAAAUGUGAAGAGUGCAAAUUGAAAAUUCAAAAAUGUAGUUGUAAAAGUUACCAUGAGGAUUAUGCAACUAUUGUACUUAGGGUGUGUGAAAACGUCCAGGAAACACUCUUAGUUUUGCUUUUCUGUGUGUUUCUAGUCAAUCUGUUUGCUCUGGACUAAUAAAGCUCUUGGUUAGGGGGUUUUAGGAAAACGCUAGUUGAAUGAGGACACAUCUUCCGAAUAAAGUUUCUUUGGAGAGACCUAAUUUUCUUUUAGUUUUAUUUUGUUUUGCCCUUUUCUGGCCUCCACUGAAAGGCAGAGCGACGCCUAAAAAAGUAGGAACCACUCAGGGGUCAAAGGUGGUUGGGCUGCAGACAAAAGUUUACUUUUGUCGUUUAGCUGUUUCCUUUGUUUUCGUUAUUUUUUAGAGGGCUCUUCUGUAGAGUGUUGUGAAAUUAAACCAAAGUAAUCUAAACGAAUGAAAAUAUAAGUAAUACGAAAAAUGAGCCAACAAGAACGCAAAGUAAAAACAUGCAAACUGUUCAGGGUGCAAGAAAACACGGGUGACAAAGCCAUGCAUGGUCUUAGUUUUAAAGUCGACUUUCUGGACCAAUUACUGAGCUUAGUAGAGAAAAAAAAAGUGAUCUUGAAUUACUUUAAACGCUCAACCGAAAGUGCUCUAUGCGCAGAACAUAGUUUGUUAACCGGAGAAAUGCUACAAUAAAAUUACAGGACUUUAAGAAGCUGAACCUUUUAAUAUCUACAUACUGACAUUCAAUCAAAAAUCAGAUCCAUUUCAUAAGUACCUGACUUUAAGUGUUUUACUAUUAAAUAUUAUUAGCUAUGCCAAAAUGCUGACUUCUAUUAGUUAUUUGCUACAGUGAACUGAAAUCUUGAAGGUGUACAGGGUCUGGUUGGUAGCCAGAGCUAAGUCAAGAUAUAGUGAAUGGAUCCAAUCCAGAGAUAACGAAGAUCAUGUGGCCUGAUCGUCCGGGUUGGAGCGGUCCUGGUCCUAACUGAUGUCGAACACCUUAAACAGAAGUUACCUUCAGAGUCAUGUGAGUUAGACAUAGCCCAAUUCAGGACUACUCUCACCUGGACAAUCAGACUACAUGAUUGAAUAAGUGAAAAUUGGUAACUUUUAAUUGCUACCCAGGCAGAGGUUUGAGCAGGGGAAAAUAAGUAAUCAAUGUGACUUGGAACUUGACAUAUUUCACAUAGAAUUGAGUGAGAGACCCAGUGAAUCUUGAAAUGACCAGCUACUCAACCUUUAGCACCAAAACCAUGACAAGUGAAGUAAACAGUCAAUACUAACACAAACUGUAAUAGAAUAAUUCAGAUCAGUUUAUAUCAAUUGUGAAAAGUGAAUCGUCCAUUCCUAUAAACUGGUAUCAAUAAAGGACUGAGAGGAAUUUCAAAGUA